CUAAUCCUUAUUGUCGCUAGCUUCACAGGCCACACCGCCACACAAGACACAUCCACAGCUGUGCGGAAAUGACACUGCAGGCGCGCGCCCCGACACGUCACGCGAGACGACACAGACCCCCCUUCCAAAAAAGGAGAAACACGAACAGUGUGAAAUUCCCACGGCAGAGAUGUUUACCACGUCUUCCAUUACUGCAAAGGAAUACAUUAAACCGUAAAGGAUAUGAAUUCCUCUGACCAUAGGGAAAACACAGAUGGCGAAAUGCUGGAGAUAGAGCAAGAACCCAUUCAAGACAUCAAGACGGAGACAGAUGAAUGUACUAUUAGUGAGACAACUGAAGGACCCCGCAGAUGGUACCUUGGAACUAGUGAGGCCACCAGGAAACGUAUUGCCAAGGACAUGGGCUGUGACUCACACAAUUCUGAAUUGCUCCAGUCUACCAGCAGCAAAAGAGUCAGGGUCUCUAGUGAGGCAGGGCGGCGCUUGCUGAGGAGAUUGUCUGAAGAGUCCACAAUGCCACAAUCUCUCUGCCUGACAUCUGCAGAGAAGGACCUUGCCCAGGAGAAGACUAUAGCCUCUUACAGGAAGCCUCUGUACAGCAUCUCUCACAGAAUCACAGAGAAGAAGCACAUAUCAAGCCUGGACCAGCAGGCUCAGCAUGAGGGAGGAGUGCAGCUAAGCUACAGCAAUCUCUUAUCCCCUCAACUGGUCAGUACAGGGGAGCACAGCCGAAGUGAACCCCUCUCUGCCCUGGGGGCAGCAGGGUCCAUGUCUUCAACAGACUCUAAUCUAUACUCCCUCAUUGAGAAGAUGUUUUUCAUCCUCAAUACGCUUAACUCAAGCAUGACCCAACUGCACAGCAAGGUGGAUCUACUUUCCCUGGAGGUCACUCGCAUCAAAAAACAGGUCAAACCCUCAGAGAUGGCAACUGAGUUCCAGCCUCCUCCAGAAUACCUGUUGACAAGUGAGGAGCUGAGUCAACUGAUGGAGGAGACAUCAAAUGCUGGCGAGUUGGGUUGUCGACUGCUAGUACAUCUCUUCCCAGAACUUUUUAAAGCCAAGGUGUGCACUCCUGGUUGUAUUGUCAACAAGAGAACGUUGGAUUCCCUACAGCUGCAGCUAAUACGCAACUAUGUGAAGGUGUGUUUUCCUCUGGUAAAGAAUAACAACAUUUGGCAGGAUGAAUGCCUAUUACAGAUUAAUAACUUCUUUAACCGCUUCUGGGCUCAGAAGGAUAUGGAGAGCGGGCCACAGUCAUGUGGGAGAGACUUUGGUUUAAAAGCUGAACGGAUCCAGCCCUGCCAUUUUAUAAAUGAGGAGGGGCAAGAAGUGCACAUCGACUUAGACUCCAAUAGUGACCACACCAACAAUAAAGUAGUAGUGCCAGACCUUGUGUUUGACACUCAGGAGGUUGGAGAGGAUCUUGAUAAGCUCUCCUCCCCUGAAGACUUUAUGUUUCUUGUAAACAGAGUUUUCCCAGAGGUUUUUAAGGAGGGGAAAUUACCAGAGGGUAGUGUGGGAAAGAUGAUCCUGGACUCAGACAGGAUAGAGAUUAUCCGUAAGUACAUGGAAGCUAAUUUUCCUGACGUCCCAGAGGAUAGUUGGCUGCAUGUGUGUGUGCAGCGCAUAGAAGAUGCAGUAGAGGGUUAUCAUAGUAACGGUAAUGGCAGUGAGCCUGAGAACAUGAACAAUGAGAGCUAUGGCUCCACAAGCCUCCCUGAUGAUGUCUCUAUCAUCAAGAUCAGUGACAUGUGUGACUACGAGAGACCAGGUCAUAGGUCAAAAAAGUCGUUGCUUGUGCCAGUCGAUUUUGAACAACUUGAGAUCCCCCUACCAGAUUUCAGUGUGCCUCAAGAGUAUCUGCUCUCUAGGGAGCAACUGAGGAAUAACUAUGACGGUAGCUUGUCAAUUGGGAACUUUGCCUCUCGCCUCUUGGUACUUACAUUCCCUGAGCUCUUCACCUACGAGAACACACGGAAGCAUUACAACUGUAGUGGCUCUCUCGGGAAGAAACAGCUUGAUCCUGUGCGGGUCAACCUUAUUCGCCACUAUGUAGAGCUACUAUAUCCACAGGCCAAGAAUGACAGAGUGUGGACCCUGGAAUUUGUGGGUAAACUGGACGAGCGUUGCAGGCGACGAGACACGGAACAACGGAGGUCGUACCAGCAGCAACCCAAAGUCUAUGCUCCGGAGUUGGAGCAAGGGCCUGUGGACUUUGUGGCUGCUUGCCAAGUGAACCAGCUCAACACAGAGCACUUGAAGGAGAACUUUGAGAUCCCUCCACUACCCCCUGAAAAAAGUAGCAAAGACUUCUGCAUGAUCCCCCUGGAGGAAUUGAAGGUGUCGAUUCCAGACUUCCCAGUGCCUUUGGUCUACUUGCUCUCAGACACUGAGGUGCGAGAGAUUGUCCAGCAGAGCCUUUCAGUGGGAAACUUUUCCGCCCGCCUACUGGUGCGCCUCUUCCCUGAGCUCUUCACUCAGGAGAACCUGCGGCUUCAGUAUAACCAUUCAGGCGCCUGCAACAAGAAGCAGCUGGAUCCAGUGCGUCUCAGGCUCAUCCGCCACUAUGUAGAAGCUGUGUACCCAGUUGAGAAGAUGGAGGAGGUCUGGCAUUAUGAAUGUGUGCCAAGCAUCGAUGAGAGAUGCCGGCGGCCCAACCGCAAGAAGUGUGACAUUCUGAAGAAGGCCAAGAGAUCAAAUACUGUGUCCUAGUAGCAAAGCUAAAGACAAUUUUUAUUUUUUAUUCUAAAUAUUUACAUUUAAGUCAUUUAGCAGACGCUCUUAUCCAGAGCGACUUACAAAUGGGUGCAUUCACCUUAUGGCCUCCAGUGGAACAGUCACUUUACAAUAG